AAGUAUAUUACGGUAUAUUAUUUUGACUUCCAUCACGUAUAUACCGAACCGAGCCGCCUGCAAAUUACAAAACCAUGUCGUUCAGUAAUUUGUUAAUGAAAAGCGGCCUCAACCAGGGUGUCCGUGGUGCCCCGGCCAGCGUGCUGCUGACGGGAACCCGGCAAGGACACACCAUCCGAGGCAAGCCGCCUGGCGUGGCCCGCACCCUGGAGCAGCGGGUGCAAGAGGAGACCGCCACGGAUCCGGAGGUGGUGGCCCGCAUCAACAUUGGCUUCCCGCAGCUGAAGGAGUCGCGAUCGGCGCAGCUGAAGGCGCGACUGGAGCACCUGAGGGCGCAGCGCAGCAGCAAGGAACUGGAGCAGCUGGCGCGCAGCAACAAGCUGAUCAUCGACUUGGACAAGGUGCAGCGGACCUAUGUCCGGACCACGGGCCAGCAUGAUCUGCGCCUGCUGGCCGAUCAUUACGGCAUCUUCGAGCACCUCUUUGGCAGCGCCUACUUUGUGCCCCGGGUGCCGCUCAACAUUGGUUACCAGCUGGAGGGCGACAGCCUGGCGCCCGUCUACAAUGGCAACGUGAUCAAGCCGGCGGAGGCCGCCAAGGCGCCGCAGAUCACCUUCGAUGGCCUGCUGGAUCCCAUCACCGGACAAACUGCCGCCGCUGGCCAGGACACCACUUACUGGUGGACCCUGGUGGCCACCAAUCCCGAUGCGCACUAUACAAAUGCCACGGCCGAGUGCCUGCAUUGGUUCAUUGCCAAUAUACCCAAUGGCAAGGUGGCCGAUGGCCAGGUGCUUGCCGAGUAUCUGCCACCGUUCCCGCCACGCGGCGUUGGCUACCAGCGCAUGGUCUUUGUGCUGUACAAGCAGCAACAGCGCCUCGAUCUGGACUCCUAUCAGAUAAACGAUGCCGACUACAGCAACCUGGAGAAGCGCACCUUCCGCACCCUGGACUUCUAUCGCCAGCACCAGGAGGAGCUGACGCCGGCUGGUUUGGCCUUCUAUCAGACCAACUGGGACGAGUCGCUGACCCCAUUCUACCAUGAUGUCUUGAAGUGCAAGGAACCCGUCUACGAGUACGAUUUCCCCAAGCCGUAUCUGGCCGAUCAGAAGUUCUUCCCGCUGAAGCAGCCAUUCAAUCUGUACAUGGACAAGCAUCGCGACCAGAAGCAGCUCAACAAGGAAUACCUGCAGCGCAAGCUGGCCAAAACGCAUCCCUUCGAUGGACCGGAGCAGCAGUUGCGCUUCCCCAACGCCCAUGCCAUACGCGAUGUGCCCUCGUGGCUGAAGACCGAGAUCCGGAAGCAGCGUCUCGGCACCGGACGGGUGCAGGACUAUUAGGGAUAUAGAACUAGCUCAGUCACGUUAAGUUUGUGUGUAAUAGUGGUUAACAAGUUUGUUUUUUUAUUCACUGGAAGUACAUGAGUCGCUAAAGUA